CAAACCCCCAACAAUUGUGCAACCUCUCUCAAUGCUCAACCACCACAACACCAAACCGCCAUAGUGGAGUCAGAAUGGCGUCGCAUCAACUCGCCAUUGCAAAGGCAUCUUUUUCCGCUGGCCUUCUGCGACCUGAUCCUGUCUCGUUGUCGGGCGACGAUAUUGCACGCUUCCACACGCUAUUGAAUACGGCCAUCACAAGAUGCUCCGCACAAAACGUCCAGGUUUGAAUCAAACACUCUUAAGGUUCUAUCAACGCGAUGGCUAAAUGGUCCUUGAGGAUAGAAUUGCAAGCAUUGGAUACUUGAUUAUGUUGUCCCAUCUACAACCAGGUCAACGGCGCUGGGGAAAUAUCUGACAGCCUUAGGAAAUUCCUUCGCCGCAUCGACGCGCAAGGAUUCAGCAGCUGAGCGCGACCCUUCUGUGAAGAGGAAGCGACUCCAUUUACUCUAUAUCAUCAACGACCUCUUAUAUCAUGCGAAAUACAGAUCAAGCGACGCCUCGAUUUGCAGCAAGGUACAACCCAUCUUGGUCGAUUUGUUUGGGGGCGCAGCAUCCUUUAAAGCCUGUCCCAAACACCAGAAGAAGCUAUUGGACCUUUUACAGAUAUGGGAAGAUAAGGGAUAUUACUCGAGGGAUUAUAUCACAAAACUCCGAGAAGCUGUGAAGAAUGGCUCGGAGCUGGGAGAUGAUGCCCAGGCUGGAGCAACCACAUCAAUUGCAGUAGAUCAGGCUUCCACUACCAAGCUUGCCAAAAGUGCGCCAUAUAUUAUGCCGGCUAUGCAUGGAGACCCAUCGACACCUUGGUACGACCUGCCAGCUGGAAAUCUCAUGCCACUUAUUGAGCCAAAUUCAACACGUCCGAUCAAUCCUGAUAUGAUAAGACCUAUGCAGUUUGUCGCUGGGCCGGCAAGUGAGGAAUUGGUAACGGCAGUAAAGGCUCUCUUGGAAGAUGUGCAUGUAAUUUAUGGGACGGAGUUGGAGGGGGAUGAGAAAGCAUCUUGGGAUAUUGACGAACUCGGUCAACCAAUAGUGCUGGAUGAGAUUACAGGUGACAUAUUAGAAGGUGAAGGAUAUUACGGAUGGUCUCGAGGAUUCUGUGAAAAGAUGAAGCGACGAAAGAAGGGACUGGAUAAGCCAGAUCGAGGAAGAGAUCGUCGCAGCCGGAGCAGAAGCUCGAGUCGAGGGAGAAAGAGACCUCAUAGCGACUCGGAUUCAAGUCCCGAAGGACCAAGGUCUAGACAACGCCGAAGAUCCUACACCUCUUCCCGAUCGGCUUCUUCUGCGUCUGGACGACAUGGCGAUUCUCGGACUCGUACAAGAGACAGAUCAUAUUCCCCACCAAGUGCUAGACGUCCAGAUUCUCACUCAAGGGACCAACAGCAGUAUACCGGUACUGGAAAUCCACCCAGACCACCGCCCAUCAUGAACCAACCUCCGCCUCCUCCGCCUCCAAUGCCAUUUCAACAAGGAUUUAAUCCAAAUUUUCCCCCACCACCGCCGCCACCUCACUUCAAUAAUGGACCUGUUCCUCCGCCUCCAUAUGGCUGGGCUCCUCCACCACCGCCACCUAUGAACUUCAAUCAACAGAAUCAAUGGCCUGUACCACCACCUCCACCCCCUCCAGGAAAUCCCCCGAUGAACUUCCAACACCAGGCUCCUUUCCCUCCGCCGCCUAAUGCGCCCGGUAUUUAUCCUGGUGGGAACUGGCAAGGUGGAGAUGGGAGAGGAUAUCAGAAUCCGAAUCCAAACAAUCAUCAUAAUCACGGUCAUCAUAAUGGUUGGAAUAAUGGACAUCAGCAGCAUCAACAUCGGGGAGGCGGGAAUAGAGGGAAUUACCGUGGUGGGGGGAGGGGAUGGAAUUGAGUUGCUCUGAUUAGGUGAGGGGUUGGUAAGAGUGCUUUUUACCCGGGAGGCGAUACAGGUACGACGAUGUGAUGGAAGGAAAUUGAGAUCUUUAGUUGCAUGAUCUUGGAGACGUACCUUGAGCUACGGAUAGGUCGUGAGAUGUUGAUCUUUCUUCCUAGAUUCCAUGAACUGGGAGUUGGUCUGUGUACUGUGUUGUACGAUUAUACAAGGAAUACCCUCAUCCUCAUGAAUGAACGAAUGAAUGAAUGAAUGGAGAGUGAGAUGUUUUCCCCCUGAACCUCUUCUUUUGGAUGCUGUGAUGGGCAGGGCGUCCAAUGGAGGUGGGAUGUAUAAGAGGUGCAGGUCUACCCCCACGUGUUAUACUCCUUGCCCCGCGUUCGAGGGGGCGUUAGAGGGAUGGCUUUGGGAGGUGGAUGCGUAGGUAUGUUUUUUGGUUCCGUAUUGAAUGGGCUGUUUGAUGUUUCCGAUUUCAUUUUUUUUGGCUUACCGGUUGGGUGUAAGUGGUUUUGGAGAGUGGGGAGAGAGAGUGGGGAGAGGUGGGAGGGCUUGUACAGUUGUACAAUACCUGACGUAUUUGAGGUUUCCGGGGGUGGAGAGUAGAAUAGGUACUAUAGCUGAUUCGAAGUGAAGAGAGAGAGAGAGAGAGACGGACUCGGGAUCUUCGGGUUGGGUUGGGUGGUUGCUGGUGGGGUUUAUGCCGUAGGG